UCUCUGGUGAGGGAGGAUUCACACAUUCACACCAGAUUCAGUGUUUUCAGCAGCACUUGAAGAAAAUGUUCCUUUUGCUCUGUUUGUGCUGGUGGCAUCUGAUUGGUUUGUUUGGGGUUACAUCAGACAAAAUACCGACCAUAUCAGUGAUGGAGGGAGAUUCGGUCCUUCUACAAACCAGCGUUACUGAAAUAAAGGACAGCGAAGACUUUAUGUGGAGUUAUGGAACGGAACAAUCUCUCAUAGCUAAAAUCAAAAGACGAAAAUCAAAAAAACAAGUCUACACAUAUGAUGGUCCUGAUGAAAUAUUCAGAGACAAACUAAAGCUGGACAAACAAAUUGGAUCUCUGACAAUCACAAAUAUCACAACUGUACAUGCUGGACUCUAUGAAGUAAAGAUUAGUGGAGCUAAACUGUCAUCAAAAACAUUCAAUUUGUUUGUCUAUGCUCGUCUGCCUGUUCCUGUCAUCAACAGUUACUCUUCAAACUGUUCAUCAUCAUCGUGUUCAUCAUCAUCAUCAUCUUCAUCCUCAUCAUCACAGCAGAAUUGUUCAUUGUUGUGUUCAGUGGUGAAUGUGAGUGAUGUGAGUCUCUCCUGGUACAAAGGAAACAGUUUAUUGUCCAGCAUCAGUGUGUCUGAUCUCAGCAUCAGUCUCUCUCUACCUCUGGAGGUGGAAUAUCAGGAUAACAACACCUACAGCUGUGUGAUCAACAAUCCCAUCAGCAACCAGACUCAAUAUUUCAACAUCACUGAACUCUGUCACACAUGUGCAGAACCACAGAAAUCUUUAUACAACAUAGUGCUGAUUUCUGCUGCUGGAUCUCUGUUGAUUGUAGCUGCACUCGUGAUAUGCUGCAUCUGCAGGCGACCCAGAGAAACAGUUCAGAAGCAGAGGUCGGACACAACAAAUUCAGCACCUUGUAAAUCGAAAACACAAAAAACGGAUAAAAACACCUACAGUUGUGUGAUCAACAGUCCCAUCAGCAACCAGACCAGACAUCUGGACAUUAGUGAACUCUGUCACACAUGUGCAGACUCUGUAUCUCUGAUAGUGCUGAUUUAUGGAGUUGCUGUUGGAUCUCUGUUGAUUUUAGCUGUAAUUGUGAUCUUCCGGAUCUAUAAGAUACAGAAAAAGCAUACCAUAAGGUUUCUGCUAGAAGAGGUGUUAGUGAUCCAGCAGGGGGAGCUCAUCAUCUGCUCUGUGAUAUUUUUGCAGAAAGUUAAAGAAGAGGAUCUUGAGGAGGACGCUCAUGUGCUGUUCACACCUAUCAGCACUAGAAGAUGA